GAGUGUGAAGCAAAAUACUCUCUGUGUGUAGCUUUUCGAGGCGUACUCUGGCGUACUCUGUUUCAAGCUGCCAGCCAUGCCAGCCAGCAAGCCAGUAGGCUACCAGCAGGUUUACUUUGGUUGGUAGGGAUGUGGGUGAAGAGAUAUGGGAACUUUUAGGCUUGAAAGGAACACUACAUUGGUGUCGAUCGUGCUGUGUUUUAAUCUGUGAUAUUUACGUCCUACGUUUUCUACUGUUUCGUUGAAUUACAUUCUUCCGAGAAAAUAACUCCGCAUUUUGAAGCUGUUUAAAAUGGAAGAAAGUUACGAAGCGGAUGUAUGCUGCGUCCAUUUGUAGGCCUAAGGCAAAUGGCUUAAGCCUGUCUGUGAUAAAAAUAUCGGGUUAUUUGUUUAAACAUUUAUAACUACACAUUAUGAAUUCCGAUAUCUAUUAAGAAAUGUCGUGAUGCAGCACAGUGGAAAAAUAAUGAGCAAAGGUGCGUUGAAGGAUAUAUUCGAUUGCAAACUUAAAUGUUCCAGAGAACUAUUGAUGUACGUCAUAUAAUAUAAUUUUCAUCGAAAUAAUUUGUCACUGCCAGUAUUAACCCUGAAACUGCCUUCUAUGAUGAAGGUUCGUGUCAUACUUGACAAUAACAGCUGAUAAUAGGCGUUCCUGAAACGCAAUUUCAUCGGAAUUUCUUAAGUUAGCUAGAAGUUUAAUUUUGGACAUUUGAAGAGUGCCUUGUAAACUGACUUAUCCUGCUUUCCUAGAUUAUCAUGAAAGUACGAAUUUACCCACGGGGAGCCGGCUGAAGGCAGAAGGAUGAUUGACAGUGUUUCAAGACGUGCAUUCAGUGGCUCUAGUGGAACUUACAAUGUUCGGGCUUCUGAAUUGGCCCGUGACCGUCGUUUAAAGACUUUAAGUGUGACUGUUGUUUUUUUGGAUGACACCCAACACACUUUUCAAGUUGAGAAACGAGCAAAAGGUCAUAUUUUAUUGGAGCAAGUCUUUCAGCAUCUGGAGUUAAUAGAAAAAGAUUACUUUGGUCUACAAUUUUCUGAUAAUGGAGCUGUGCCUUCCGCUGCAAAUGCUGAUCAAAUGCGAUGGUUGGAUCCUUCAAAGCCUGUUAAGAAGCAACUUCGUAAUGGCCAGUUAUACUUCAGAGUAAAAUUUUAUGUGUCAGACCCCAGCAAACUACAGGAAGAAUACACUCGAUACCAUUUUUAUUUACAAAUACGACAUGAUAUAAUGCAAGGACGCUUACAGUUGCCACCAAGCACAGCAUGCUUACUUGCCAGUUACACUGUUCAAUCUGAAUUAGGAGAUUAUCAUCCUGAGGAGCAUGCACCAGGGUAUUUACAAUCUCUUCAGCUUAUUCCUGGAUUAACUGAUGAAAUGGAAAAGAAGAUUGCAGAAUUACACAAGCUACACAAAGGUCAAACUCCAGCUGAUGCGGAAUUCAACUUCUUAGAUCACGCCAAGAGAAUGGAUAUGUAUGGUGUUGAUCUUCAUAGAGCAAGGCAGGAUUCCACCAACAGAGAAAUCCAGUUGGGUGUGACAUCUGUUGGAUUAGUUGUAUUUCAAAAUGCAGUCCGGAUAAAUACAUUUUCUUGGUCAAAAAUAGUUAAAAUAUCUUUUAAACGCAAGCAGUUUUUCAUUCAGCUUCGAAGAGAGCCAUCAGAGAGUUACGAUACAUUAUUGGGUUUCAAUAUGACCACAUACCGAUCCUCCAAGAAUUUAUGGAAAUCUUGUGUGGAACAUCAUACUUUCUUCCGCCUGCAUUCUCCACAUGUUCGAGCUCGGCGUUUUCCUCUUUCCUUAGGUUCAAAAUUUACUUACUCUGGAAGGACUGAAUACCAAACAGUUGAAGAAGGUCGUCAACGUGCCAGACUCGAACGCACCUUUAUUAGAUCUCCUAGCAAACAUCAUGUACGCCAGACGGUUCCAGCUACAGCAGAAGAGAAGGCAAAAUUAAUUACUCCAGUCAGAGCACCUAGGCCUUAUGACAACAAGGUCACUUCUCUUGGGGCUCGUGAGCCCCGAAAAGCUUGGGGAGAGGCUGCCCAUCCAUCUGACGAGUUAGUUAACACCCUUUCAAUACUUUUUAUUGUCAGAAUGUUAACCAGUCACUAUUGUACAGAGGAGGAGCGACAUAUAACCCACAUGCAGUAUUUGGCAUGGCCAGAUCAUGGGGUUCCAGAAGACUCUGCCCAGUUCCUUGAUUUCACUCAGAGAGUUCGGCGUGCACGUACUGGAAUGGUGGAACCAACCAUAGUACAUUGUUCUGCUGGUAUUGGCAGAACUGGUGUUUUGAUCUUAAUGGAAACUGCAAUGUGUCUCAUUGAAGCAAAUGAGCCUGUUUACCCAUUGGACAUCGUUCGAACAAUGCGUGAUCAACGGGCUAUGAUGAUACAGACUCCUGGCCAGUAUCGAUUUGUUUGUGAAAGCGUUCAUCGUGCCUAUAGUGAAGGUAUUGCUAAACCAUUGCCAGAAUUCCAGAGAUGAGGGUCAGUCACCGCACCAGUAUAAAGAAUUAUUGAGGAUAGCAUGAGAAAUGACACACCAUGAAGAGCUGAAGUUUUUCUUUUCUUUUUUUUGUUGCUUUUCUACUGUUACAAGUAAAUAGAUCCAAAGGAUGUGUACAGUAUGUGAUAAUAAUUUUUUGUAUGUAAUAAAUACUUAUGUUUACCUAUAUUGUCUAGUGCAGUAAAAUUUGCAUUUGGUGCUGUGCUUGUAAGCAAGUCCUGUGCAAAACAUGUAGUUUUAUAUUCAAGUGUGCUAAACAAGAUCUUGUUAGUUCUUUGUAUAACUUUAUAAAUGAGUCUUGAAUAUUUAGUCACUUGACAGAAUGUCCAAUUAAAUAGCAUACACCGGCCCACACUGGUCCACAUGUCCAAACACACCAUCCAUUUAUUGAGUAUUCUUUUAUAAUAGCUGUUGCAUAUAUAACAAUUUGUUCUAAAUGUAACGUAUAAAUUUCCUGAGUCUUUUCUGUCACAGGAAUUGAAACACAGUAAUGGAUAAUUCUGAAAAUUAAUCUGUAAGUUAUGUACACUGAAUAACUUAGCACUACUAUGUUAACUAUGUAUGGAAAAUAUCUGCUGAUCUUUAUUAGUGCCUUUUAUAUGCCCAGAUGUUCAUCACCAAUGUGUCUUACUACUACAACAGAAAUUUGUCAUCUGUUGUUUGUUUGGGAACAAUAUUCCUUCAAAGAUUUUUACUUGGGAUUUGUUUUUCUGAAUUAAGUCAAGAAAUGCUCUUUACACAGAACUGACGAAUGCAUUUAAAAUUACCACUUAAAUUCAAUUUAAAUUCUGUCACAUUGAGAUUUACACAAUACAUCAACCAUCAUAAGUGUAUUUUCAAAUGUACUCAAAAUUUUGCUACUCGAAUAGAUUUUUUGGAGAAACACAUUGUUUCUGUCCAAGGUAUGGAAUUUUACUAUUGAAGACAGAAAUGUUCUUUGUUGCUGAAAGAUAAAUAAAAUAACCAUUUAUCUAGUGAUCAGAGCUACAAAAAGAGGAGGAUGGCAUAACAGGGAAGUGAGAAGUGGGCUGAAAAGGUUUUGUCAGUAAACGCACAAUCAGCAGAUGAAAUUUCAAACCCUUCAUAGUUAUCACAGUAAUCUACAAUUAUUUUUACUACAUUUGCAUGUAGACAUAAAAUUUACAAGAGAGGCCUUACAGAUAAAAUCACUUGUCACACCAAGCAUUUUCCCAGGAAGACUUCUUUUGAUAUUGUUUUUGAUACCAUUGUACCCACUUUUUAUAGUAAGCAUAUUAUAUGCACUGACUCAGCAUGACAAAUGCAUUUUCUAAAGAUACAUUUUACUAUAUCUCUUUUGGGAACUAGAUAUUUCUCAAUGUCAUGUGAGAGAAUAUAUAAUAACGAAUUAGGAUAAUUUGGGUAGUUGCAAAAAUACAUAUUAUGUCAAAAUCUAUCUUAAUGCUAUAACAAGAAAAGCAUUUCCUAGUUUUCAGAAGUAUUUUUAAAGUGAUUUAUUGCAGUAAUUGGUUUUAUGGACAGACAAUUUAGGGAGAAGCCUUGUUUGUAUUUGAAAGGAAGUAAUGCCCCUUCAAUACCUUGACUAAAUCUUCCCCGUGCUUUCACAAUCUUUUAUUAAAGAAAUACAAAAUCUCUCUGGUAAGAGAACCUUGCACAUGUGUGUGGCUUCACUUCUGAGCCCCCAGAAGUGACAAUGUUUAUAUGAACUUUUGCCCAAACUCCAAAUUGUUCAUCAAAAAGAAAUGAGUAUAUUGGAUAGAAGCUUGGCGUCUCUCAUUUACAUUACUAAAUUUUGGUUCUAAAAGUGACCAUUCUGUUUUGUUUUGUGACCAAUUUGUUUUACGAUUUGGGUUGAAUAAUUGAAAUUGUUACCUUCAAGAUAAGAUUUAUAUUGAUUUUCUGCUCAUAGUAACAAAAAUACCGACGUAUUGUGUAUUUGAAUCUUCAGAGGGGUAAUGAAAUACAAGGCCACACCGUUAUGUGCCUGUCAGGUGUCCAAGGUGGUUGGAGGGGCUAAGCACACUUGCAAGAAGGGCAAGUGCUAUCAUCUAGGUUUUUGGAUAAGUUGUUGUGCUAUAAAUUGUUUUUUGUAUUUGCUUUUCCCUGUCUAUGGAUUAACUCAUUGUUUGUUUAUAUAAUGUAAUUUUAAUGUUCUCAACACACAUUUGUGCUUAUACAGUAUGUAUAGUGAAGUGCAAGGCAUUGAAAGCACUGAUCAUUUGAGUGAUGAAUUAAAUUUUUGGAUAAUAUGCACAUAUCUCUUUUGACAUACUGUCGUCCGUGUCAUCUAUUGCAGUGCCUUGCACAGUUCAGUUGCAAAGGAGUACAAAAUGUUUUAAAAAUACAUUUAUGAUAAAGGUAUUAAGGAAAUAAUUAAUUUGAAUAGUUGUUUGAAAAUCUGCUUGGACAUUCUUUUUAUUUCUAGUCAUAAUUGAAGUUCACUGUAAUUCAAAAGAAAAUGAAUUGCAGAUGGAAUUCUAAAACUUACAAAUGUCAUGCUGGUGUUCCACUAUGUGAUAGGAAAACAAAUAGUGAUUUAGUAUUGGUUACACUGUCUUUGGGUAAGAUGUCAUUAUCUCUCUUGAGAUUUGGUAGAUAAUAGAAUAAAUGUGUGUUUUUUGUAUAUGAAGUUCAAAUUUGUAUUAUGAGAUUUAAGACCACCAGUAUUGUUGCAUGUAAUUUUGUUUAAAAUUUUCACCUGAGUCUGUAAGCAUAGUGUAUUCUGAGGACUAUUUUGAACAUUUACUGUAGUUGUAAUAUUUGUGUGAGAGAAGUAUCAUUGAACUUCAGACAACACAACUUCAAUGUACAAAUCCAGGCCUCUUGCUCAUUGUUCAGUAAUUUAAUUACCAAUUACAGUUGCCAUAGCAACAUAUUGUUUUCAUGCAAAUUAUAGUUCUUUUUUAUAUAAAUUGUGGCAUAGCCAUGAUAGUGUAGUGUACAUUUAUUAAAUUAUUGUAAUGAAAUUCUGUACUUGUAGAUUUUGUAAAUUAUUAUUAUUUUAACUGGACAAACUUUUAUUUCAAUAUGAAACCAAACAUUGUAUCUGCAUUUGUAAUUUGUAUUCAGGUCUUAGUAGCUUGGUGCAAUCAAUAAGCAGCUAGUGUUAUUGUAUGUAACUUGAUUUCUACUUUUAAAUAGUGAAAUGAUGUGGAACCAACCUUGAUAAUUUCAUUGUUACUUAAAACAUUGUUUCCAUAUCCCAAACUCACUAGCAGUCUGCAAUCUUGAAUGCAACAUUAGAUUUUGCAUUAUGAUGGUUACGAGUUGGUGAAUACAAUAGCAGCAGCUGUAGUAAUAGUAGUGUAAAUAAUGCUGCAUGUCUGCUUUGGUGCCACCUUUUGGUGUAUUUCAGGAUGUGUACAUUAAGAAAAUGAAUCUAUUUUUCUUGAUUUUUGACCAAGUAGUAAACGUCCACAAAAAGUGAUUCAUAAUCUGUCUAGUCUUUCAUCUUUGCUUUUUCCUAAUGGGAAUGAUUUAAAUCACUUACGUAAAUAACCCAUUGCUUAUUCAGAUUUAUGAUUCCUUAUUUCUGUUUGUUAUUGUUUUUAGUUUUCUUGCAAUUUUUGGCAUUCACUUGCCACGUUUCUUUUCUCAAAUACGAAAUCAAAACUUGAUUUGAUUGCAUGACUUUUUUAAAUUGCUUUCAUCUAUUUACUGACAUGACAAAGUAUGAUAAAUGUGUGUUAAACAUGUUUUAAAUUAAUUGUGAAACAAACAUGGCAGAUGUGCAGUUUUCUUUUGUGAAUUAAUAUCUUGUAUUUCUGCCAGUUGUGUGGUAAAGUCCAUUCAAUAUGACAUAACCUAUUGUGUAAAAAUAGCUUGAUUGGAAGAAAACCGAUUUCAUUAUGUGGCGUACAGCAAUAUGUAUGAAAUUCAACGGUCUGUUUAAAUAAUCCUGUGUGAAAUAAGUCGGAGAAUAAUACAUUAAUGUGUAUUAGUAAAUGUGGAAUGUGAUUGCCUGUAUGAAAAAUUGAAACAUAAUGGCAUUUGUAUAAAAAUGCAGCAUUAUGCUGUCAUUUCUGAAAUCUUAUUGUUCUGUAGAUUCAAAUUAAAUGUGACAGCUAUUCUACAAAUUUUUUAUAUAUAAAAGGGGCAAAAGUUUUCUCUUUAAUUGAACAUGUUAAAUUUUAAUGACUUGAAAUAAAUUUAAAACAAAACUGAAAAUUUUCUCCAGAGUUUAUAUUAAUGUUUUAUUGCCUUCAAAAAUAUAUUCCUAAGCAAAUAUUGUACUAAAAUACAUUUGCCACAUUAUUGUCGACUUUAUGAGCUGCAAUUUAUAAAUGAGGCUGACUUCAAAUAUUUUCCACAAGAUGUGCAAAAGUCAGUAGACUGCAAAAUAACUUCCACAAUAAACUAAUAAUAAGUUAUGCUAAAUUUUUUAAAAUUUGUAGUAUUCAUAAAUGUUUCAAAAUAUAAAACUGAUACUACUUACGUGUUCAAGGCUUGUAUAUGGUUCUUUUAGAGUACAGGGAGGGUAAAGUGCCCAGGGUUCGUAGCAGCUGGUUUCUUGAUCUCAGGUGAUAAUAUAUUGGUGCAAUGUGUAGAAUAGAUUAAACUGAAUGUCAUAUGUUCUUAUAUAUUUAGUGUAAAAAGUAGAUAAUCUGAUGUACUCUAAAAUACCUUUUGCCUAGCAGUGACAUAAAGUAAAUUCUCCAAAUUGGUUGUAUAUGAAUCAGUUACUUGCAUAAUAAUCAUAUUUCAAUUCCGUGCUGAAUCUGAAAAUAUUUUUGCUUUUUAUAAUAUCGGUAGUCUACUCAAGGGUUAAUUGAACAAGUUCCAAUGAUUUAAAGGAUCGUUGAAUGAUAAUUAGGGGGCGGAUUUUAAUGAAAUAUUUUGUUUCUUUUCACUUUAGAACAAUGUCAUUUAGUGGAGAAAUUCAUUGUAUGUUACAAGGAAAAGAAAUGACUAAUUUUUUGUAGAUUUUGACUAGUCUUUUUUUAAUGUCAUUUUUCAUUGACUUUAAUAUUUUAAUGUUAUUUGCUUCAAACAAUAUUUACGAGGUGCAACAAAUGAUCAUCACAGAAUACCUGAGUAGCCUAUUUGAUUUAUUCGCUCAUAUAUUGUAAUGUCAGCCGUUGUGAGUACUUUGUAAUCUAAAGUUUCUGUGAUGUAUAUC